UGUGGCAAUUUUUCUAGUUUUCAUUUCCUUUGUUGAUUAUGUUUUAUUUUCUUUUAAUUUUGUUCUUUCUUGGUCCAUUCCUUGGUCGACGGAAUCACAAAAAUGCCUCCAACUUCAUUGUCUUCUUCCUUGGUCCGUUUCUUGGUGAAUCUGGUGGUUUGCCGGCGAUUGAUGGGCUAUUUGGGACAAUUAAUUUCAGCGAAAUUGACUCUCCCACUUCAAAUCGGAUAGCCUAUACAACCAAAACCGGUGUCGGACGGAGACCACUUCAAAAGCUUCACCCAGUUGCUUACUCUACUCUCUAUCUUUGUUUCUUCUUUUGUUACUUAAUUCUUUAAUUUUCUUUGUUUCUUGUAUUUCAUUUUAGAGAAGAUAAUGGAGUAUGUGAUAUACGUAUAUCUAUACACAUUAGAUAUAUUUUCUUUUGUUUUGCAGUGUAGAAAGAAGAAGUAAUAGAGUAUGUGAUAUACGUAUAUGAUACAUUUGAUAUGCUACGUACUAGGUUAGGGAUAGGGAGAAGGGAAGAUGGAGCAAAAACAAAAGGAAAAAUAAAAAAGAAAAGAAAAAAGGAAAUCAAAUUUUUGUGAUAAAAGCCACAUGUAUAAAAUGAGUUGACCUGGCCUUAUUUGAAACUGCACGUGUGAUUUAUUUGAUUCAACAUGUUACUUGCAAGUCAUUUGGUUUUAAAAGAUUGUUUUCAACAAGUAGAUAGAUAAAUAUGACACUUAUAUGAGUAGAUGACCUAAGUGAUGGUUUAGAGAUAGUACAUGAGCUUAUUUGACCCUUUACUCAAUUAAAAUUUAAAAACAUCCUUAGUGAUGAUUGAAUACGGCAUAGUGAAGAUUUUAUCUCAUACCUUGUAUUGUACUGAAACC